UGGGGAUUUAGCUCAGUGGUAGAGCGCUUGCCUAGGAAGCACAAGGCCCUGGGUUCGGUCCCCAGCUCCUGAAAAAAAAAAAGAACAAAAAAAAAAAAAAAAAAAAAAAGCUGCCAGGAGUGCAUUUCCCUGAAAGCUCUCUUGACAGAAGUUGGAAACCAACUGAGAACUACAGAAUGAAAUGCAACAGAUUUUAAAAUGAAUGUGUAAAAGUACAAAUUGGGUAUUUACCCGACAGAUUGACAUUUACAGGGAUACUGGGGAAAAGUCAGAAAAUAGGGAACAGAUCAGUUUCCCGGAAGAUAGUUAUGUUAAAAACAAACAAAAAACCCAGACCUUGGUCAAGGAGAUAGCCUAGCGGGCAAAGGCACUUGCCCCGCAGCUUGCCAAUGUGAUUUCAAUAUUCAAAAAUCUUGUGGUAGAAGAAAAAAGGAACAAAACCGGUGCACACACCUGCACCUACAAACACAAGUGUGAAAAAUGUAAUUCUUGUAUGUUACUUGUAGUCUAGGGAAUUUAUUACUUUGUUUCCAGAUGUAGUUGGGCAGCCCCAGGAAGACAUUUGAUCGCGGUGUUACACUUGAGGCCUUAGCAUUGAGCAGUAGCAACGGGUGAACAGGUAGAGCGGUGGUGGCCCAAACCACAGAUGUUCAACACAGGUGAAUCAAGUUUCAACGGAAUGAACCAAGGUUUUGUAGGAGGAAAUGAAAGCUUUUUCCUAGUGCUCCGUAGCUGAGUACCUGUGGCUUUUCUAUUUGUUUUCUCUUGUUUUCUAUUUUUUAAACUUUUCCAAUGAGCACAUAAUAUGUAGUUUUUAUUAAGUAUGAAAAAGAGAGUUUAUGUGCACAGAGUACCUGCCAGAAAGCACAGUUUUGUUUUGUGACCUGGCGCUCUCUAAGUCAAAAGGAGAAUGCUGCCCAAUAAUCACCCAACUGCAAGAACUAACAGGCUGGUUGGCAAAAAGCAGAAACCGUGACAAGUCGAAACGAGGCCAAAGUCAACAUUUCCUCAGGUGUGGAAUCGAUAAAACCUGCGGAAUAGCCAACGCGCUCUGUGACCACAGUGCACCGUUUGUGGCGGCCCGCUCUCUCGGAAGUGUUUACAGUGCUGCGGUUGCGGGUCGCCCAGUAGAAAGAGAGUCGAGGCGGGCGCGGUUCCCCGGAGCAGCGGUUGCACCGCCCUCACGCUGAACGUAGGGAUCCUCACAGGCUGCAUUCGAGCGGUCUGGCCCGCCUCCGCUGGGAGAGACCAACAGGUGCCCCACGUGGCUGCGCCCCGGGAACAGAGCCCAGCCUGCGCCGCUGCAGAGCAGCUGCGCGCUCCGCGGGUGGGAACCCCUCACCUUCCAACAGGCGGGGCAGGGCGAGGCGCACCCCUGCCAGUAAGCGGGCAAGCGAUAGUGCGGAGCCCCAGCCCCGCGCCCGCGCCCGCGCCCGCGCCCGUGCCCGUGCCCGCGCCCCUACCUGCCGAGUCAAGAGGAGCGCCGCGGGCUUUGUUCGCUUUGUCCUCACGCACCUAAGCUACCCUCCCGGAAGGAUACCCUCCCGGAAGGAUACCAUCCCGGAGAACGCAUGCGGCGCCGCACCAGGUCUAACAACAUGCCUCCAUAUCUGUUUCUACCAGCCAUCUACACUCUCCUGUUCUCCAGAGUUUCCCUGUCCAGCUCUCUUCAGGAAGUGCAUGUGAGCCGGGAGACCACGGGAAAGAUCGCAGUGGCCAGCAAAUUGAUAUGGUGCUCAGCCGCGGUCGACAUCCUGUUCCUGUUAGAUGGCUCUCACAGCAUUGGGAAAGGGAGCUUCGAGAGGUCCAAGCGCUUUGCCACUGCUCUCUGCGAUGCCCUGGACAUCAGUCCUGGCAGGGUCAGAGUGGGCGCCUUGCAGUUUGGUUCCACUCCUCAUCUGGAAUUCCCUUUGGAUGCCUUUUCAACCCGACAGGAAGUGAAGGAGAUCAUCAAGAAGUUGGUUUUUAAAGGUGGGCGCACAGAGACAGGCCUAGCCCUGAAACACCUGCUCAGAGGGCUCCCCGGAGGAAGAAAUGGCUCUGUGCCCCAGAUCCUCAUCAUCAUCACAGACGGCAAGUCCCAGGGGCACGUGGCUCUGCCGGCUAAGCAGCUGAAAGAAAGGGGUAUCGUUGUGUUUGCAGUAGGGGUCCGUUUUCCCAGGUGGGAUGAGCUGCUGACGCUGGCCAGCGAGCCGAAGGAGCAGCAUGUGCUGUUGGCCGAGCAAGUGGAGGAUGCCACCAAUGGCCUCCUCAGCACCCUCAGCAGCUCCUUGCUCUGCACCACUGCUGAUCCAGACUGCAGGGUGGAAGCUUACCCGUGUGAGCGGAGAACGCUGGAGACCAUGAGAGAGCUCGCCAGCAAUGCCUUGUGCUGGAGAGGAUCAAGGCAGGCGGACACUGUGCUGGCUGUGCCCUGUCCCUUCUACAGCUGGAAGAGAGUGUUCCAGACUCACCCCGCCAAUUGCUACAGAACCAUCUGUCCAGGCCCCUGUGACUCCCAGCCAUGCCAAAAUGGAGGCACGUGCAUUCCAGAAGGUGUGGACAGGUACCACUGUCUCUGCCCACUGGCAUUCGGAGGGGAAGUCAACUGUGCCCCGAAGCUGAGCCUGGAAUGCAGGAUCGAUGUCCUCUUCCUGCUGGACAGUUCUGCAGGCACCACUCCGGAGGGCUUCCGUCAGGCCAAGGCCUUUGUGAAGCGCUUUGUGCAGGCCGUGCUGAGUGAGGACUCCCGAGCCCGUGUUGGGGUAGCCAGUUACAGCAGGGAUCUAAUGGUGGCGGUGCCUGUUGGGGAGUACCAGCAUGUGCCAGACCUGGUCAGGAUCCUUGACAGCAUUCCCUUCAGCGGUGGCCCAACUCUGACCGGGAGUGCCUUGCUGCAGGUGACAGAGCAUGGCUUUGGGAGUGCCAGCCGGACAGGACAGGACAGGCCACGCAGAGUAGUGGUUCUGCUCACUGAAUCACACGCCCAAGAUGAGGUGGCUGGGCCAGCAGAUCAUGCGAGGGCCCGGGAGCUGCUACUCCUGGGCAUGGGAAAUGAGCUCAUGCGGGCAGAGCUGGAGAGGAUCACGGGUAGCCGGAAGCAUGUGAUCAUCCACACAGACCCUCGGGACAUGUUCAGCCAAAUCCCAGAGCUGCAGAGGAGGCUAUGUAGCCAACCACGGCCAGGCUGCCAGGCACAGUCACUAGACCUGGUCUUCCUGUUGGAUGCCUCUGCCUCAGUGGGAGGUGAGAACUUUGCUCAAAUGCAGAGCUUCAUCAGGAAAUGCACCCUCCGCUUUGAUGUGAAUCCUGACGUGACACAGGUUGGCCUGGUGGUAUACGGUAACCAGGUGCAGACCGCUUUCGGACUUGACACCCAUCCCACCCGUGCUUCUGUGCUGCGGGCCAUGAGCCAGGCCCCCUACCUAGGGGGUGUGGGCUCUGCUGGCACAGCCUUGCUGCACAUUGAGGACAAGGUGAUGACGGUCCAGAGGGGAGCCCGCCCCGGUGUCCCCAAGGCUGUGGUGAUGCUCACAGGUGGCAGUGGGGCAGAAGAUGCAGCUGUCCCUGCCCAGAAGCUGAGAGACAAUGGCAUCUCAGUCUUGGUAAUGAGUGUGGGAGCUGUCCUCAAGGAGGCAGUGAGGAGGCUUGCUGGUCCACGGGACUACCUGAUCCAUGUGGCAGCUUACACAGACCUGCGGUACCAUCAGGACACGCUCAUCGAGUGGCUAUGCAGAGAAGCCAAGCGGCCAGUCAGCCUCUGCAAACCUAGCCCAUGCAUGAAUGAAGGCACCUGUAUCCUGAAGAACGGCAGUUACCGAUGCGAGUGCUGGGGUGGCUGGGAAGGCCCCCACUGUGAGAACCGCGUCUUGAGAGGAGAUGCCCCCAUGGCACACAGCUUCCGCCGAGAGCCUACAGGAAGACAACAGCCAACCCCCUCCCAGCAAGCUCCCAAGCAUGUUGGAGUCUGAAAGGCCCUAUCGUCAGCCAAGUAAAUCUCCUGGGGGCCCUGGAGCAUCUGCUUCUAGCUCUAAGAGCCGUUUUGCCCAUAAGCCUCUGCCACAGGGGACACUGCUUAGGACAGUAGCAGCUGUCACUCACUGUGGUGAUGAUGGAAAGGCCUGAUGUGUCAGUAUUUACCUCCUGUAUCUGUUUGUACCUUGUUAAGGUAAGCUGCCUUGUCACUUUUCCUGAGGAUAAGGGGCAGGCUGGAGAGAUCUGAAGACCCGUAUGAGGGUCAUCACAGAUUAACUAGACAGAUGUUGAAAAAGGUUUCUGUCAGAGCUCACCACCUGGUGAUUGGUGCAAAAGGUGGGCUUCUCCAUUUUCCAAAAGACAGCUCCUAUGGAUCUAGUUUGAAAAGGGAUUAUGUGCCAUUUGUGAUUUUAUUUUUUCUGGUGACCAGAUCUAUGAAUAGGGGAGACCUGGGAAGGUCUCAGACAGCCAUCUGACCAACUAACCAGUUUGUACAUAGGGGAGGGGCAUAUUGUGGGAACAGUGUGUGUGAUUGGUCUGGGCGCUGAGCAGUCACCCUCCAGAGGGGCUUCCUUUCAGAGUUUACUUGGGAGAGAGUGGCAGUACGUUGGCUGCCCUCCUCUUAGUGGUGGCAGUGAUGGGCAGACUUCUCAAACUCAGCAAGUGAGGGGUGAGGGGUGCCCGGGAGGUGUGCUCUCAAACCUUUCUAUGCUGUUCUGUCUUAAUAUGUGUCUUGUGCCCAGUCGGUAAUGUUUCAAGACAGAUUGGUCAUUUGUCCCUCAGGACUAUUUGUAUCCCCUGGCAACGCAGAUUCUUUGGACUAUCCUUGGCAAACUAGAUACUUAACUGCAGCACUAACACAUCCGUUCCCCACCCCCCUGCUGUUUGAAGCUGGGUUUUCAGAAGAAGUGAUUUGUAGAGCUCUGGGAGCUACAGGACAGCAUCUGAGAAGCACUGGUAAUGACACGUCCCAUGUGCGGCCAGUGCCGUAAACUGUCCGUGUUCUGUGCGCCAGUCUGGCUGGCUGAGACACUACUCCAGGUUUGCAGUAUUUUUUCCCCUUCACAUUUACACUGGGAUGUGAAUGUGACAUACUGUUACAUUUCAAUCAUUGAACCGAUUUGUAGACGUCACCGCAAAGCAGUGCUCACUUUAUCAUGGAACACUAGGGUUUCCCAAACUUCUGCCCAGCUGUUGUCAUAGUACCUUCUGGUAAACUCUUCUCUGCGUCAGAACUUAACAGCUUUCUUGUCAUUCUGCUAUAUUCUACUUUACUUUGGGGUUGUCGGCACCAGGUUCAAGGAGUCAGAAUUUGGUCUUGAUGAUUUUUAAACAUAAAAUAAAACAUUUAUGUUCCAAA